AUGAAUACAAGGGUCGCAAGGAGAAGUGAUGAGGUUGCUUGUCAUAGGGACACCAGAAAGCCCUCAAGGUUUCUGCAGAAUCAGAAUCAAACUUCAACUGCACGCACUGGCAAAGCCGAUAACGGUGCAAGAUCCUCUAAGCCCAAACCCCAGUCAUCAGCAAUAGUUUGCAAGUACUGGAUCAAUGGAAAUUGCGCGCAUGGCGAUCGUUGUUGGAACUUGCAUUCCUGGUUUCAGGGCCAUGCCGUUUCUCCGUUCACUAAGCUCCAUCAACACAAGAAGAUUGUCACCGGAAUUACACUUCCGGUUGUAUCGGACAAACUAUUUUCCAGUAGCACUGAUGGGACAGUUGGUGUAUGGGACUGCCAUACGGGUCAAUGUGUUAAACAUAUAAAUCGGAGUGCUGAAGCAAGGUGUUUGAUCAGUGCGGGUUCGUGGGUCUUUGCUGGUGUGGGCAAUACUGCUAAAGCUUGCAACAUUCAGACAGCUGCUGAGCUCACUCUUGAUGGACCUAAGGGUCAUAUACUUUCCAUGGCUGUUUGCAACGAUGUACUUUUUGCUGGAGCAAUGGAUGGUCUUAUUUAUGCAUGGAGUGCCAUUUCUGAAGCUAAUGUCCCAUUUAAACCAUUGGCAAUGUUAAAUGGCCAUAGCGGAGCUGUUCUUUGCUUGGAAGAAAAGUCUGUCAAUAUUCGAUGCAAGAGGAAGAUUGAUUCGAGUGAUAGAAGGCGCCCUGGUGGACUCUUUUUCACUGGAGACGGCACUGGUUUGCUCACUGUUUGGAAAUGGUUAGCAGAGUCGGAGCUUAAGUUCGCACCUUCAUGA